AUGCGCAUGCAUCCUUUGGCGCAUUUGGAGACAGCGCAAGGUCAUUCGUGGAGCAAAUACAGAAGCUAUUUUGAUGCACUCUUGGAUGCCAUGUACUCUGCUGUUGAGAAGGUAGGUGGACGGAGUUUGGAGAUCGUGGUGUCGGAGACUGGCUGGCCGUCUGUGGGUGGUACUGCAGCGACUGUGGAGAAUGCAAGCACUUACUAUAGAAAUUUGAUUAAUCAUGUCAAGGGAGGGACUCCGAAGAAGCCAGGGAAGGCUAUGGAAACUUUUUUGUUCGCCAUGUUUGACGAGAACCAAAAGAUUGGGGCAGAUAUGGAAGCUCAUUUUGGCCUGUUCAGUCCUAAUAAGCAACCUAAAUACCAAAUUUCUUUUAAAUUAGUUUCUUUUUAUUUCUAUUGA